GAUGUCCCGCUGGCGUCCACGUUGCCACGAGAGUCCUUCAGCAGCUCGUCAGAACUGUCCAGCAGCCACGGCCCGGGGUUCGCAAGUCUUAAUCGCAGAGAUGGGGCCGGUGGCUGGUCUCCACUUGUGUCAAAUAAACACCAGUGGCUGCAGGUCGACCUUGGAGAGAGAAUGGAGGUCACAGCUGUGGCCACGCAGGGAGGGUACGGGAGCUCCGACUGGGUGAGCAGCUACGUCCUCAUGUUCAGUGACGGCGGGAGGAACUGGAAGCAGUACCGGCGAGAAGAAAGCGUCUCGGGUUUUCCAGGAAACACAAACGCGGACAGCGUGGUGCAUCACCCACUACGGCCUCCCCUCGAAGCCAGGUUCCUGCGCUUCCUCCCCUUAGCCUGGAGCCCCAAGGGCAGGAUCGGGAUGAGGAUAGAAGUGUACGGAUGCACGUACCGAUCUGAGAUGGUUAACUUUGAUGGGAAAAGCUCCUUGCUAUACACGUUUAAUCAGAAAUCUGUGAGUCCAGCAAAAGAUGUUAUUUCUUUGAAAUUUAAAACCAGGCAGACUGACGGGAUUCUACUCCACAGAGAAGGACAAAACGGCAAACACGUCACCCUGCAGUUAGUUAGAGGAAAGCUCAUCUUAUUGCUUAAUUCAGGCCGUGCUAACCUGCCCUCCCCUGAUGCCCAUGUGACCCUCACCCUGGGCAGCCUGCUGGAUGAUGAGCACUGGCAUUCUAUCCUCAUCGAGCUUGGGAACACGCAUGUCCACUUCACCGUGGACAGGCACAGUCAGCAUUUCCAGGCCGAGGGCGAGUGCGACUACUUGGAUCUUGAUUAUAAGAUCAGCUUUGGGGGGAUUCCCGGACAUGGAAAAUCAGUGGCAUUCCCACAUAAAGACUUUCACGGCUGCUUCGAAAAUCUCUACUAUAAUGGAGUGGAUAUCAUUGAUUUGUCCAAGAAACACACACCGCAGAUCCUCGUCACGGGAAAUGUGUCCUUCUCAUGCUCACACCCACAAAUUGUGCCCGUGACUUUUCUGAGCUCCAGGAGUUACUUGGCUCUGCCGGGCACUGUCGGAGAGGACAAGGUGUCGGUCGCUUUCCAAUUCCGAACGUGGAACAGGGCAGGGCUGCUGCUGACCACUCAAUUCCAACACGGGCCAGAGGCUCUCGUCCUCCUUCUUAAUGAUGGAAAACUCAGGCUGAGUCUUUCCCAGCCCGGACAUCCAGCGAGGGACGUCACAGCAGGUGCUGGAUUAAGUGAUGGGCAGUGGCAUUCAGUGUCCCUUUCGUUGAAAGGAAAUCACCUGAAUGUGAUGGUGGAUGGUGAGGCAGCCUCUGUGGCUCACUCCCUGCGUGGACAGAUUGAUUCAGGGGACACCUAUUAUUUGGGCGGCUGUCCCAACAGCAGCUCUGGCCCUGGAUGCGGAGGUCCCCUGGCCGGGUUUCAGGGCUGCCUGAGGCUCAUCUCCAUUGGCGACCAGGCGGUGGACCCCAUCACGGUACAGCAGGGGUCGCUGAGGACUUUCCGUGACCUCCAGAUAGACACCUGCGGCCUCACCGACAGGUGUUUGCCCAGCUACUGUGAACAUGGGGGCGAAUGCUCCCAGUCCUGGGACACCUUCAGCUGUGACUGCACGCACACUGGAUACACGGGCGCGACCUGCCAUUCCUCUCUGUUCGAGCAGUCCUGUGACGCCCACAGGCACAGAGGGGACUCCUCAGGGUUCUACUAUAUCGAUUCAGACGGAAGUGGCCCGCUGGGACCUGCUCUUGUAUACUGCAACAUGACAGAGGACACCACCUGGACCUCGGUACAGCACAAUGGCUCCCAGCUGGCCGAAGUCAAAAGCUCGAACGGAGAAAGCCCCCAGCCUGUGUUCUUCAAGUACACGGCCAGCCCGGACCAGCUCCACGCCAUCGUGGACGGUGCCGACGACUGCCGACAGGAGCUGGUCCUUCGCUGCAAGAAGUCGAGGCUUUCAGCCGGCCGUGAGAUGCUUUUCCUCGGAGCGAAGAGCGAGGUCCGUGUGUGUGGCUCCUCGCUCAAAGCGGAGAACGAGCUGGGAAGUUUCUUCCCGACUCAAGCGGGCGACGGAUCAGCGAAAGCCCCUCACGAGGCCGUGGGACGCUGGGUGCUCAGCCACCACGAAGGGCGGCCACGCCUCCGAAAUGUUGUCCCCACCCGGCCCCCACCGGGAGUCUGGAACACGUCCCACCUUCUCCCUAACUUACAGCCGCCACCGCUCGUUACGGCUCCGUGUUCGGUGAGCCUUCACCUGCUGCCCACAGCCUCCCAGCGGGCGCACACGGGCCGCACUCAUUACCCCACCGCCGGCCGGGUGAGAGCGAAGGACCAGCUCCUGUCGGCAGUCGUCGGCACCGUCCACGAUGGCGUGGAGCUGGUCCGGGCUGGCCGUGUACUUGAAGAACACGGGAAUAGGGACUCUCUUUACUGGAAUUCGUGUUACCCUGAACGCAGCCAACAUUGGACCAGCGACACAGUAGUCCUUUCCCACAAGGAGCACCUGCCAGUCACUCAGGUUGUGAUGAGAGACACAGGCCGACCACAUUCAGAAGCGGCCUUUGAGCUGGGGCCUCUGCUCUGCUCGGGGGACAAUUCAUUUUGGAAUUCCGCUUCCUUCAACACCGACACCUCGUACCUUCACUUCCCUACGUUCCGUGGAGAGCUCAGUGCUGACGUGUCUUUCUUCUUUAAGACGACAGCGCCUUCUGGGGUGUUUGUAGAGAACCUGGGGAUCACAGACUUCAUCAGGCUAGAGCUGCAUGCUCCUGCAGAAGUGACCUUUUCCUUCGAUGUGGGGAACGGGCGAUGUGAGGUCACGGUGCGGUCUCCCACUCCCUUUAACGACAACCGGUGGCACCACGUGAGGGCUGAGAGGAACGUGAAGGAGGCAACCCUUCAAGUGGACCAGCUCCCCAGCAAGACGCGAGCCGCACCCACGGACGGCCAUGCCCGCCUGCAGCUCAACAGCCAGCUCUUCGUGGGCGGGACAGCCACCAGACAGAGAGGCUUCCUGGGGUGCAUUCGGUCGCUGCGGUUGAACGGGCUGGCCCUGGACCUGGAAGAAAGGGCCAUGAUGACGCCAGGCGUGGACCCCGGCUGCCCGGGACACUGCGGCAGCUACGGACACCUGUGCCGCAAUGGAGGGAGAUGUAGGGAGAGACCCAGGGGCAUCACCUGCGACUGUACCGUCUCUGCGUAUGACGGGCCAUUCUGCGAGAGCGAGAUUUCUGCGUAUUUUGGAACUGGCUCGUCCGUUAUCUACGACUUUCAGGAACAUUCUAACUACACCGCCAGCAAGAACUCAAGCUCCUUUGCAGCUUUACUUCAUGAGGGUGGGACGCUGGCUGGAGAAGUGGUCACACUGAGCUUCCGGACCACAGGGACACCCAGCUUACUCCUC